GUCCUGCCGACUCUGCUCCACACAUCCGUCUAGAAGAGAGGAGGAAAAGUCUUCAGACCCACCACUGAGGAGUCCCACAGCUGAUUUACUGACAUGCAGCCUCGGCGGUUUGGCGACUGACUGUUGGCUGUGGCACGCGGAGGAGAACAGGGAAGAGUCUCGCGACGAGGGGAGCUGUCCGGUGCUGAACCCAAGAGCCUGGACAGGGGCAAGCGAGGAGCUGUUUGUUGGGAGCUGUCAGCGUGCUGAAAACCAACGGUUUAGAACGAGAAAAACCUUUUCUUUUUGAAAAACGGAAUAAAACAAAGAAACGAAUACAUAAACAAAGCAAAAAUAACGUUUGAUUUACUGGAUUUCCCACCUUCAGUGUUCCCGGACAAUAGCCAUACAGGAACUGGUUUAAUUUACUUUUUAUUUCCGACCUUUUAGAGAUCCACAGGUCUUCCAGUGGCGGUUUAUGUGAAUGAAAACUGAUUUUUUUCAUUCUAGUAUCCAACAAUCGCAAACCACAUAGCCUGAAUUUGACAAAUAUCACUCCCCCCCACACCCCCACCCCCCCACCCCCCCAAAAAAUAGGUAUGCAAAAAAUACAGAAGCACGUAAGGAGCACUUGGUUAGUUUGAUCUUUAAAAAGCCAUGUCUUCUCUGCACUUUGGAGGCUGUCAGGUGGAAGGAAGCAAACGCACCUGUAGUAGCUGAAACAAGGGAGCACAUUAUAGUUAAAUCAGGCUAUUAAGUGUUAUAUAGGUUUUGGUCAAGUUUGAAGUGACGAAAGAAAGAGAAGGUGUGUGUGUUUAUUGAGUGUAGGAUCAACUACUGUCCCAUCAUGCCUCGGUCUUUCUUGGUGAAGAAAGUCAAAUUGGACGAUUUUUCGGCUGCAGAGUUGGAGAGCUCAUAUGGUCACAGCCGAAGAGAGGAGCUCAGUCUACGAUUUCACCAUCAUGACAAAGGCUACGUCAGUGAUUAUCUGAGUCCAAAUCCGUAUGAUGACGUGGUUGGAAGCGACUCAUCUGUCAUCUCCAAAGUACCCUCCCCAAGCCACUCGUCAAUCAUCUAUGGCCACAUCAAUAAUACCUACGAUGGUAUCCAUGGUGACAUCCAUGGCGAUUCGGACCAGCCAGACAGCCCGCGGUCCGAGGUCUCAUCAUCAGCUGGUGGAUACAUUAACGGGGAUGCAGCCGUGAGCGAGGGCUACUCAGUGGAUGCAUUUUUCAUCAUGGACGGACGAUCACGGAGGAAAACCACAGGAAACCCCAGAGGAACCACCCAGAGGCACACCUGCAGCGAGUGCGGUAAAACCUACGCCACGUCCUCCAACCUGAGCCGGCACAAGCAGACGCACAGGAGCAUAGACAGCAAGAUGGCCAAGAAGUGCCCCACGUGUGGGAAAGUGUACGUCUCCAUGCCUGCGAUGGCCAUGCACCUGCUGACCCACGACCUCAAGCACAAGUGCGACGUGUGUGGCAAAGCAUUCAGCCGGCCGUGGCUGCUGCAGGGCCACAUGCGCUCGCACACAGGAGAGAAACCAUUUGGAUGCGCCCACUGUGGGAAAGCCUUUGCUGACCGGUCCAACCUACGCGCUCACAUGCAGACGCACUCAGCCUUCAAACACUACAAGUGUAAACGCUGUAACAAGACGUUUGCACUCAAGAGUUACCUGAACAAACAUUACGAGUCUGCAUGCUUCAAGGGGGCUUUCUCCCCUCUGAGCUCACUGGGGGAAUGAUGGAUUCACAAAGGACAGCUGGGGUUUAUUUUAUUUGUCUAGAUCAGAUUUUACUGGAACGCACUCCCUGCUCUUUCUGCUUUCCCCAACAAGAUGACCUGUAUGCCACAGCUCUACAAGGGAGGAGUGUUUUUUUCUGCAAGGAUCAUGAGGCAAAUGACAAAAAUAGAUUGAAGACACGUCCGUUUUUAUCAAGACCCUUCCAUUCCUUCCUUUGUCUCCUAUUUCCUUAUCUGGAGUGAAAAGUUUUCGAUGCCUGAUUUAGUUUGCCACCUGCUUCGAUAAUUUACGUCCCCUUCGAAGGCUGUUUUGAGUAUCUGUGAAGAUAAAUAAAGCACAGCACAUCUAGCUCAUCAUUUUUGAAGAUACCUAGAUCUAUUUAUGUCCAUAUCUAUCCUUGUCAUUCUCUUUUUUUAUUUUUUCAACCCAUGACGAAACAACACUGAAGCACAAUUCCUCCUCUAUCUCUCUGUCUUUCUGUGACAGGCAUAUCACAGGAGUUUAAAGCAUGAAUCACAUCUUUCAUUUUCUUGCAAAGAGAUUCAAUGAACUUAUAUUUUAUGCUUUUUUAAAAACAAACAUUCAAAGUCUCAGGAUACAUCUGGUAUCCUGCUUUUAGUGAAACUCACCUUGGACUGAACUUACAAGGGGAUAAAGCAUCAAAACAAAGAAAGCACAUAGUAUUUGUUCCCUGCAAGUAAGCAAAAAUACUUAACAUUUUUCAUUUACACUUGUGAAAUCCUACUGUAUACAACUACACUGAACUGUGAAGAAAAUACAAUGUGCAAAAAUGCCAUAACAUAGAUAUGGCAAAGUACAUCAGUGUAGUGAGAAGAUAAUGUUUUUUUUUGUGAUUUUCUUUUUAAAACCAAUGUCUAAUCUGGACACAGACACUAAUACUGUUUUUCUUUUCUCAAAGGUUAAUUUUGUCAUUUGUGCUUUACCUGACAGUAAACAGUGGAAACCAAGAGGGAAUUAGGGAUGAAAACUGGACUUCCAGUUAAGGAUCAGAUGGCUGAAAUCUCCCACUGAGCCACCAGGGUGUUCCUUGACACAGUGUUUUCCUACAAACUAAAUCUUCUGUUAUCUAUUUUUACUUGUCAAUGUCAGCUGAGGAUCCAGACAUUAAAAAUGUUCUGUUUUUCCUCAAAAGGUCAAACCUUUCUCAACUGUUGUAAAAUAGAGUUUUUGUUGCCAGUGGACCACACAGUAUUCAGCUUUGAGGUUUACGUCUUUUUUAUGUGUCUAUUUAUUGCCUAAUUUAUUUAUUUAUUUUUAUGCUUUUGUAUUAAUUUGCACUUUGUUAUAGUUUUUUUUUUUGCCUUUGUUACGAAUAUGCCAAAGCAUUUGACACUUUCUAAUUACUGAAUAACUUUUUACUUUUGUCCGCCACUUUAAUUAUAAAAAAACUACUGCAUGCAAAAAAAUAAUAAUAGCCUAAUAAUGGAAUCUAUGCCAAUUUUCUGAAUCUUUGGGAUAUUUUGCCAAACCUCUUAGAUAACAGGCAAAUUAAGCAAAUUUCUGUCUUGGGCAAUAUUUCAUUCAUAUCCGAUAGAGCAAUAAUGCAUGAUAUUUUUUUGAAGAAACGUGAGUCAUAACUGCUUGUAACAUCUUGAUUUUUUCAAGUACCACUAUUCUAUGUACUUAUGAGAAAUAAAAUUUCAGGGAGUUAGUAAACCAAGUUAGUGUUAAAUAUGGAGGGUUGGGUUAAGAGCUCUACAUUUACAAGAACUGUGACACUGUUGUGAUUCAUCAAAGCUUUCUCCAGUCACUCUUUGUUUAGAGAGAACAGUGAGUUUUCCAGUUUCCAAACCUCUGUUUCACUAUGUAAUAUUAUCCAAAUCAAUUUCCUCCUAGUUAUAGUUAUAUCUUGGCAUCAUUAGCUUGUUGACAAUUAUGUCUGUACAAGCAUUAGGGGCUGUUGGGGCUUCCAGGGAUUCACACAGAUGGCAUAACUCCUCUAGAUGGAGGGCUCUGGGUUGGGUUGGGAUGGGUCUUUUUGGUUUAUGCACUGCCUGCCUCGUAUUAUUAUUCUAAGAUAUUGUAGAAAGUAGAAGGUACUACUGUAGGCCUCUGGUGCUGAAACAUGGAUGAAAACAAAAACCCAGAACUAGAAAGUUUUGAUACUUAAUAUGUUCUUGGUUUUAUUUGCUGAACACAAGUGAAACAGCUUUACAACAGUUUUGAAUGUGGGUCUCUUUGACCCUCAGUAGUCCUUGAAAGUCCUUGAGCAGGUCUUUGCUGGUCCCCUGUGAGUUUUUUAUUGGCGAUGAAGGAAACAUUUCCUCCUAUGAGUUGGUCAGAAUCAGUGAGCAACCUUUUUUUCUGCUUGGAUAAGAAAUGGUUUUGCUCCUCAGCUAUACAUGAGAGAUGAAUUUACAAACUCCCUGCGAGGACUCUAGAGCCAACAAUAUCCAUUAAACCUCCUGCACAAUUUCAGUUGUUUUUCUUUCCAUCAUCUCUUGCUGUUGUCAGGUUGUUGUGGUGAUCCCCAAUGCAAUUAUAAGGAUUGUUGAGAAAGAAGAGACAUUUGGUCAAUAUUUCAGCACCAGAGUGCAUUGACAAACACUUAGAUUCUACUAUGAACUACUGUAGCCUAAUAUAGCCACAAGCUAGUUUACCUAUUCUUAUAUAAAAGCACUUCCUCUUACGAAUUAUAUCUUACAACUUUUUUUUUCAAAUAUAGUAGCACAAUGAAAGAGUUAGAUUCAGGUAGACAAUGCCUUGUAUGUAGAAAUAACAACCUUUUUCUCUUUUUUCUACUAUGAUGAAUCAAAGGUAAAAACAACAUCAAAAACAACAAAGAUGUUGGUACAACACAUGCUGUGUUGUUCGAGAGUAACACAUUAAAAUAUAGGUAAAAAUGACACAUGGUGUAAAUCGACAACUUCAUUACACGCUGUGUCAUUUUUUAAUAUACUUGUAUGAGUAUCUUCACCACACCUUUUAUACAGUGAAUGAAAACUCUUUUUGCGGCAAGAGGCCUUGUAAAUAAGCACUGAUGUGACUUUGGAGUCCGAUUAUUUCUACAGAUCUGUAUAGAGUGAUGAUGAUGAUGAUGAUGAUGAUGAUGAUGAUGAUGACGAUGAUGAUAAUGAUGAUUAUGAUGAUUAUGAUGAUUAUGAAUUUUUCUGGAGCUUCCUGCUUUGUUUUGAGUUCUUCCUCUGAGGAUUUUUGGAACAAUGUAAAGCACAAAGACAAUACUGGGCAUUUUGUUUCACUUCCUAAAUAAAAACUAGUUUAAAGAA